GGUACUUGUGACCUGCUGUAGGUACUGGUGACCUGCUGUAGGUACUGGUGACCUGCUGUAGGUACUGGUGACCUGCUGUAGGUACUGGUGACCUACUUUACAAACUUAUGCAACAUUAAUUCCUACUUCUAAACAUCCCGUGUUUCCUCCUUGUGGUGCAGACUUGUGGUGGUGAUGAGGGCGUGGCUGAGUGUGGUGUUAUGGGCGGCGAGGGCGUGGCUGAGUAUGUUGUUGUGGGCGGCCGUGGGCGGCGCUACUGGCCCACGCUCAAACUUCCUCCAGAGGCUCGACCCAGUGGACUAUACUGCCACUGAUUACUACAUCAGUGGAGGGACUGGGGGAAGCACUCCAGCCGUGCUGGAGGACCUCAGGAGAGGCCAGGAGGGACUCAACAUAAAGAUCAGUGAUGUAACAAAGGCACUCAAGGAGGACGAGCUGAAGCUUAACAAUGUGUUCUACAAGCUGGGUCGCCACGACACCAACCUGGAGGAGGUUGGCUCCGACAUGGAGCGACUCUCCACAGAGACGCGGAGGAUAGAAGCCAAGCUCAAUCGACACGCCUUCAAUGUUGAUUUCCUGCGGCGUCGUAUGGAAGGGCUGGAGCAGAACUCAGAGUCCGGGCAGACAGUGGAGGUGCAAGUGGCAGCAGUGAGAGCCAUUGUCAACCGUCUUGAUGACCGUCUCACUGACGCUCUGGCACGUCUCGGACUGGUGGAGAACACCACCAAGACUCUUGAGAAACGUUCAGCUCCAUAUUACGAAGACUUUCACGACCCAUUUAUCAUGGCUGCUGCUGUUCGUCCACCCACCCUGACUGUCUACCCAUCUCCCAAGCAAGAGUCGUGUCGGCUGGACUAUGAGAAGGUGGGACUUGGGUGUUACUGGUUUGGUGGAGACGAACUGACGUACCCAGAGGCUGUGGCAGCUUGUGUGAACCAUGGUGGUCAACUGCUCACUCUUCCAGCCCCGGGCACUCAACUGGACCUGCUAAUUGCUCGCUUGCACCAAG